AUCCCGUUGAACUGAAGACAUUCAUGGCGGCAAGGCCACGUUUUCUUCUUAUGUCUGGUCUCGAUCAUGGGCCGAUACAUCUUGCAUCCUCGGAACCAUGGAUUAAGCCACCGCCUUCAGCCUCCACCGCUGGUUGAAGGGCCGAGCACCCGAUAAAUUCAAGAGCCAUCGCCAUUGAACCGACCGAUACUACGAAGUAUGAACCCAUCCAUCUCGAGCUGCGUCGUUUCCUGGCACUCCGUAUCGGGUAUUCCCUUUCCCCAGCCAAGCCGAUGGCUGCCGCUUCUGGCCCAUGAGAUGAGGCGAGGAUUGAAGAGUCAUUGGGUCCUUGACCCAACCAGCUUCUUCCCACCCAAUCGACGAACGGAAUGGCGGGUUGGCACAGGCGUUGGGCUUUUUAAGCGCCGACUUCACGCUCUCGCGGCCCAUCAUUGGAUGUUGGGUAUGCAACCAAUACCAGCCUGGCAACCACACAUCGUCCGUAUGCCGCAUAUCCUCCCCAGUACGGAUACGCUUCUUCUACCAUUCCUCUUCGCGCGCGCCAGCCAAUUGCUCAUCCCGUCCUCUUCCAAAAUUAGAAAUGUGGUGCUUGUCUUGAUUGGCCCUUUUGCGUUCUACCCUCUUUCCGCUUCCUGGGAAGGGGUACAAACGUACGAAGAACAAGGCGAGAUGAUCCCCCAAUCCUUGGCGGUGCCGGUCAACCGACAGCACGAGAAUGCCGUGCCGUCACAUCGCUGCCCCGAGCCUUGCCUUGCAUCACUUGAUCGCUCAUGUCCAGUCAAAGGUCACCAGAGCCGCUGCCCGUCUUGUCCGGCGUCUCUCCGAUGCCACCCUGUCCCGUCCGGAUCGCACAGGAACAAUGCAUUACAAGACGACCAAACUCCCUCCUAUUUUCCUUUUGGCUACCCGGUGGUUUGGUCUGGUCACCUUCACUUUUCUUCCUCUCCUUCCCUCGGGUUGUCUUUCUGUAUUUUCUUGAACGCUUCGUCGACCGAAGCAGCCUGUCGUUAAAGGGCUAUUUUUUCUUUCUUGGUCCUUUUUGUUUGUUUGGGGGGGCUUCUUCUUCCCCUGGACCUAGAGCGCCGUGCGUCCUCGUCGUGGUA